UUUAGGGAUAAGCAUCCCUCAGGAAUCCUAAAACAGGUGUGGGGAAGUGGAUGGCAAAACCACAGCUGUGUGAGCUUCACCUCUCUAGAGUUUUCCCAGGUGGGUGAACUGGUUUCAUCCUCCUGGUGGGUUCAGCUGCCCUGGUUUACAGGAGGACAUGGAUUGGGAAUAAUGGGUUUGGAGCUCCCUGGUUUCUGCAGUGACCUGGAGCAAGUGGUUUGUGCUGUGUCUGCAGCACCACCAAUCCCUGCAGUGGAGAGGCUAAUUAGUGCUUUGUAGGUAAUUAUUUCCAGGAAAAAGGUGGCUGAGCUCCAGCUCUGUGCUGCUGUGGGAUGCUCUGCUCCUCAUGGAAUCAGAUCCCUGCAGAUAAUUCCCUGUGUGUCCCAGCUCUCUCCCUUUUUGGAACUUGUCCCAAAUCUUACAAAGGUGGGGGUGGCACCUUUAUAACAAAGCUGCUAAAAAUAGGGGUGGGAUUAUAAUCCUAAUCCAGGAGACCUUUCUCAAGGCUCCAGGGAAACCGUGCUUUAAUCUUCUUUUCUUCUUCAUAAGGUGGCUUUGCCUUCCCUGUAAAGCCUCUCUGCUAAUCAGUUUUAAUUUGUUUAACUCUUAUGAUGUCUGUCCUUUGCUUCCCUGGUUACGUUGCCAGCUGUGAGGUGAAAUCCAGGGUGAAUUUAGCAGGAACCAUUCCUUGCCUUGGGGACAACCUCCUGUGACCACCUUGUCUUUCUGCAGCCCUGAGGGGUUUAUGUGGCUGUUUGUCCUCAGGCCAGGUGUGGGAGAUAAUUAAUAUUGUUAAUUAGUUGGGCUGUUCUCUUGCUGAUCAGCUCUGCAGUGGUUUUGGUGGGUUAGGCUGGAUCCCAACCCAUUUUUAGGAAACCCUCUGUGCUGGAUAUUUGCAGAUUGGCUGCUCUGAAAAUGCCAAAAUCUGACAAAGGGGGGAAUCAAAAACUGAUCUUCUGCCUAAAAUAAACACAUCUUUGUGACAUUCCUGCUGCAGCCAGCUUGGAAAUGUGAUGCACCAGAGCAUUCCUGGAACCAACAGGAGAGAGAAAAGCCCCAUAUCCACCAGAUCUGGGGUUUGGGGGUUUCUUUACCUGUGGUGUGUGGCAGGGAUGGGGGAGCAGGGAAUGAGGGCAGGAACAUCCUGGGAUUGCCCUGGGAGCUGUGGCUGCUCCAUCCCUGGCAGUGUCCUGGAGCACCUGGGACAGUGGGAGGUGUCCCUGCCAAGCUUUAAGGUCACUUCCAGCCAAACCAUUCUGGAAUUCUGUGGAAUUCCCAGUUUGCCAUCUUUCCUCCUGUGAGGCCCCAGCCCCAGGGUGGGAUUCCCUGGGAGUGGAAAUGCCUUUUGUUCCCUCUCAGUUUUCCUCUGCAGAUCUGCAGCAGGAGAAGGGAUUCACCAGGGAGGCAGCAGGAAACACCUGCAAGUCUUUAGGUUUAUUUUUAGCUGUUGUGAAAGAAGUGAGGCGUGACCACAGCCCAGGUGUCUUUUCUCUUAAUUUUGAGUAUUUUGAGGAGGGAAAAGGGGGUGAAGUGGAGGAGAGGGUCCCACUGUGGGAGUGGUUUGAUCUGAGCAGGAGAAGGAGUUUUCCCAUCUUUGUGGUCAUGGAGCUGUGUGGAUUUGGUCCAAAGGGAGAGCAGUGCUCCUGCAGAAGGAAAGUGCCUGGAAGUGUUCCAGGUUGGACGGAGCUUGGAGCAGCCUGGCCUAGUGGAAACUGUCCUUGCCCAUGGCAGGGCUGUGGAAUUAAUGUUCUGGAAGGUCCCUUCCAAACCACUCCAGGAUUCUACACAGACAGAAUCCUGGGGACUGCAGGGACAGGAGCAGCUUUGCUGUUUUCCAUAAUCCCAGCCCAGCAAGGGCUGGCACCCCUCAGCCUUUGGGGCUGUGGGCUGCAGCUUUGCCAGCCAGGAGAGCAGAGGAGGAAGCCGGGGGAGAUUAAAGCUCAGCAGGGUUGUUCUCAUUGGCCACCUUCAAAUUGCAGCUCGUUAAUUAAGGCUUUAGGAGCUCACAAAUAGCCCAGCUCUGUCCCCAGGAGCUGUGCUGCUGCCACUGCUUGCCUUGGCUGGAAGGGAACACAAGGAAAAGUCAUGCAGGGACCAAGGCCAGUGGUUCUGAGUGGCCCAUCAGGUGCAGGGAAAAGCACUUUGUUAAAGAAAUUGCUCAAAGAUUAUGAGAACAUCUUCGGCUUCAGCGUCUCCCAUACCACAAGGCAGCCGAGGCCUGGAGAAGUGAAUGGCAAAGAUUAUCACUUUGUGUCCAGAGAGGAAAUGCAGAAGGAAAUUGAUGCUGGUGAAUUUAUCGAGCACGCGGAGUUCUCCGGGAACAUGUACGGGACAAGUAAAGGAGCUGUGCAGGCCGUGCAGGCCCAGAACCAGAUCUGUGUCCUUGACAUCGACAUCCAGGGCGUGAAGAACAUCAAGAAGACGGAGCUGAACCCCAUCUACAUCUCGGUGCAGCCGCCGUCCAUUGAGAUCCUGGAGAAACGACUACGGGACCGAAAGACGGAGACGGAGGAGAGUUUACAGAAGCGUUUGACUGCAGCCCGUGUGGACCUGGAGCUCAGUAAAGAGCCUGGGCUGUUCGACCUGGUCAUCAUCAAUGAUGAUUUAGAAAAGGCCUAUUCCGAAUUGAAGGAGGUGCUGCUGGAGGAAAUCAAGAAGACCCAAGAAUCCAGGAAGUCCUGAGCUGGCCCUGCCUGGGCGUUUCAAUUUUGCACAUCAUUCCCGAAGCACGUCGCAGCGUUUUAUUCCACAAGACAUUCCCUUUAGGCUGCUCCUACCCCCAACCCACCCUAGGAUGUUUAUAUUAAAAGGAAAGAAAAGGAAA